CAUUAGGAGAAUGGACCAUAAGUCUCAUUGUGCUGUAUAAACAUCUGAAAACCAAAGUGUCAGUUAUGGUUUUGGCGUGGUCUCAUUUUUUGAAAAUGGUGGAGAGGCUUGGUCAUCCCAUGUAAUGUUCAACGAGAUUGAAUUUAAAUUGAUCUAUCCAUGGUCUUGUAACAUGAAUAUCUUCCUUCAAGGUGUUUGAAAGAGUUUAAUAAUGGGGAACAAACACACGACAUCAAAGAAGGAUGUGGAAUUUCCUGGUGAAAUAAGAGGAAGGAGCAGAUCCUUUACAGGAUUUUCUUCAAAAUUUCGUCGGAAAAGUAAGAGUCCAACACGAGAACGCAGCUCAUCUGUUUCAGAGCAACGUCCAAAAAGAGGAAGCUUAAAGUCUAGUCAAAAUAGUGAUACUUAUUCUGGUCAGAAUGGUCAUUCAAAAUUGUCAAAAACUAAUUCACUGCCUAUGGACGGUACGAGUAAACCUGUUACUCUUAAUUGGAAUAAAAAGUCUGCCAAGGAGGACAAAAAUGAUUCCUCCAAUUCAAUAUCUACCUCAGCUCCUUCUAGAUCUCGGUAUAUGCCUCAUCAUCAUAAUUCAUCAACAAUCACAUUUUUGGAGGGGAAGGAUACACUUGGGCGGGACACAAUUCGUAAAAGUUUUACACAACAAGAGAUGGAGGAAUCCCCAAAGUCUACAGCAAAAAGGAUGAGGCAACUCACCAAUGUUAUAUAUGGAGAUAAAUUAGCUAAUCUUUCUCUACGCAGAGGACUUGCAAUACAAAAUCGUGACAUGUCUUUGUCACAAGCAAGCCUGUCAAAGAUCUCGAUGAAGUCUAGGUCACUUCAUAGUCUGCUGUCAACAGAUUAUGAGAAUGAUGAAUUUGAGGACAAUAUUUGUGUUUGCUCAAAUGAAAAAAGUCCAAAACAACAGGAUUUUUCCCAAAGUAAUGAUUUCUAUUUUAUGCGACCAAGGACAGGAUCUGCUCCAGCAAGUGAAUUUACACAAAAAGGAAAAAUUGCUAUGGGAGCAGGUGACCAUCAGAGAAGAAAAAUAUCUCAUCAAAUGCCGUUAGAAAGUACUCCUAAAGAAGUAGUUAGAAAUGCAGGAUCAUAUGAGAAGGUUAAUCGUAGGUCUCCUGAAGAGGUUAUUCAAGCCAGAAGAAUGCUUGUAUUUAGAGCUCUGAAAACAGAAGAUGGGGUUGUUUCCCCUGAUGAUUCUAAAAUACAAAAUAAAAUUGCAAAUAAUGGAGGUCAUGUAUCACCAAUGAAGAAUCUAAGAAAUGUAGGUGUUGGACAAAAAUCUCCCACAAAGGAAUGGGUUAAUUCAGCAGAAUAUUUUAAACAAGACUCACACAAUCAUGCCAUGCAUGGCAACAGACUAGAGUCACCUAAUUCUUUUGUGUGUAGCAAUAGCUCAGAUAGUGGCUCAGCACCAAGCAAUGACUUGAUUUAUUAUGCUGCAUCUCAAAGUGAAAACUAUAAACUUAAUUCUGGAAGCAAAUUAGUGGCAGGAAGAAGCUCCGAUGCUUUAUUUGAUAACAGAUCUGUCUCAGCUGGCAAUAGAUCAAGGUCACCAGUAAAAAGGUCAUCCUCACCAAUUAAUAAUGAACAAAGAGCAAUAUAUUCACAAAUUGUUUGUACCCAAAAUUUGAAGAAGUUGCCUGUUAAGGAGGAUCAAAAUCCUAGAACUCUAGAAAAGAACAGAAAUCCAAAAACACCAACCAAAAAUGUACUGCCAAAUAUUGAUGAAUACAAAGUUUUAAGUUCAAAUGUAUCUAAAGGUGACCGCUGGGGAUCUUAUGAAACUUUAACAAGAAAAGCAAAAAAUAAUGAUGAAUUUAUUAAUCAAGAAUAUUAUCUUAUGAGAGAGAGGAGUCAUAGCUUCUCUUUGUCUUCACCUAAGCCAGGUUUUCGAAAAGAGAAGAGGAUUGAAAAAUCUUUUUAUGAUGAUGUGUGCAUUUCGCCAAUAAUGGACUAUGAACAGUCUCCAAGAUUACGUACAAGAAGCAAUAGUUGGUCAGUUCUCCAUGAAAAGCAUAACAUAUCUCCGAGGUCAAAGGGUCAGCAAUCCAUGAAUAGAUUAUGGAGUUACAGUGUGACAUCACUAUCUGACAUGAGUUCAGAACUUUCUGGAAAUUACUCACAACGCUUUCUUGAUGACAGAUUUAAUGGAGAGGGUGUUGUAGGAUGUGGGAUACAUUGACAUGUUACUCACACACAGUACUUCUAGUACCAAUCAGUCUAUAUGCAACAUUCCUGAAGGCAACACAAAGGGUCAGUCUUGCAUCCAAUCCAGCAAACUUUGUCCAGUGCUUGGCAAUGGGGUGGAAUUUAAACCCAAUUAUUUACAUGAUGAAGAUCACAGAACUGGCAGUUUUAGUUGUAUUUGUCAUUUCAGUUGUCUAGAAGUAUGUUGUUUUUAAUGGGUAAUCAAAUUUGUGUAAAUUAUUAGCUUUUCCUGAAAUAUUAAAAUGCUUUGUAUCUACAGUAAUAUAACAAAAUUUUGAAUGAAAAAGAUCGUCACUGUUAGCCUCAUCCCCUGUUCAGUGGAGCUGAAAAGAUAUAGAGAUCUCCCACUUUGUAGAUCCAAAAAGUAAUAACUCACAAAUAUGAAUUAAGUCACCAUCAAACAUAUAGUUCAGUGCUAGGUCAUUAUAUGAGCGAGAAAUAACAUAUUUCAAAGAAGAUUUGUCUUCAAGUUAUAUAGGUCAAGGUCAUCACAUACCAUCAGGCAAAAAACUUUUUGGUACUAUAUAGAUUUUAGUUUAUCUAAUCAUCUGUUAGCAUUGUAGGCAAAACUUGUUAGAUUACAAGGGAAGCCUAUCUUUGCUUUGACCUCUCUCUUUUUGCCCCCUGUGCAACACGUUGCGGGGGACAUAGAAAUACCAGGUGUCCGUCCGUCCAGUCUUGUUAGCGCCCUCACGUGUACAUUUCUCGCCAGAUUUUUAUGAAACUUAUAUCAUAAGACUAUAUCAGCAAUGUCUUGGACGAGUUCGAAAAUCAGUGCUGAUCAAUUAUUUUUAAAAGAGUUAUGCCCCUUGGAAACAUUAGUUAUAUGGAAAAUUGCAUCGUUAGUGCUCUCAUGUGUACAAUUCUUGCCAGAAUUUUUUGAAACUUAAAUUAUAGAUUUAUAUCAGCAAUGCCUUUGACGAAUUCGAAAAUUAGUGCUGAUCAGAAAUUUUUAAAAGAGUUAUGCCCCUUGGAAAAAUUAAUUAUAUGUAAAAUUGCCUUAUGAUCGUCUUAUGUGUACAAUUCUUGCCAGACGUUAGUGCCGAUCAAUUAUUUUUGAAAGAGUUGUGCCCUUGGAAAUAUUGAUUAUAUGGAAAAUUGCAUAGUUAGAGCUCUCAUGUGUUCAAUUCUUGCCAGAAUUUUAUGAAACUUAUAUCAUAGAUUUAUAUCAGCAAUGUCUUUGACACUUUCAAAAAAUAAGUUCUGAUCAAAUAUUUUUAACGAGUUAUGCCCCUUGGAAAUAUUAAUUAUAAUGGAAAUUACAUUGCAUUUGCUCUGAAGCCUUCAUUUCUCUAAGAUAUUAAUAAAAAGUUUUAAAGAACCAAAAAAAGUGCUUUUUUUAGUUAUUGCCCUUGUACCUUGGAUAGAUAAAAUAUGUGCAACAUGGGGGACAUUGGCACUCUGUUCUUUCAUUUCUUUUUUGAUAAGAGUGCUUAUAGUUUGGAUGUACAAAAUUUAUGUAAAGAAGUUUCUGAUUCCUGCAGGAAUUAUGUCACAUAUAUAUAACAAUCACAUAUUUAUAGAACAUGUGGACUCCCUUUACCUCAAUCUUGCACAUAAAAAAAGCUGUUUUUACCUUCUGUUUUUGAGAUUUGCAAGAAAUCAAGAUUGGAUAUAUGUAGAAAUAUCAAGUGUAAAUUCAUAUUUUGACGAGUGAGAUUGGUUUCGGACACUGUUUAGGUUUUCUAAUAAAACAUAAAAAAGAAGAUAAAGAAAUGUUUGCUACAGUUAUUGUGGAAAAGGGGCAGAUUGUUUUUACAACAAAAACACAAAAUUAGAUACACCCUUGGUACCUGUGAAACACAUGUAACAAAAAAAGGAUUAUUAAAAAAAUUUGAUCCUGCUUGAGAUUACAACUGUAUUGUGUUUUUGUUAAAAAUUUCUAACAAUAAUGGUAAACAUUUGGAAUGAGCCUGAGGUCAACAUGAACUAAAAUGAUAGUAAAGUUCUCACUUUGCACUACCAGUAGUUAAUAUGAGGUUUAUACUUUAUAGAGCACUUAUAAUGAUAUGUAGACUGAAGGUUGAAUUCUGCAUUGAAUUUUUGCUCCUAUUUUUCAAAAGGUGGAUUUAAAUCUUUAAAACUUCUUUGCCUGCUCAUACAUUUGAUUCAGAAUCUAAAACUUGUCUUAAUUACAUAUAAUUCAAUAACUUUGUCAAAUGUUUAUUGUUUUUUCUUAAAUUUAUGGAAGCCACUAUAUUAAAAGUAAGAAAAUAUUUUCAAUGACUACACUAAAUUUUGAAUAUUUUUCCUGAUUAAUAAUGGUUACUACAAACUUACUUCUGUGCAUCACUUUAAAACGUGGUAAUGUGGCUAUAGUUUUUAGAUUAUGCUGUAGUCACAUGCUGAUACUACGGGUCCAUGCAACCCUUUUGAAUUUUAUUAUCUUUUCUGGCCAAUAGGGUCAUCUGGGCUAUUGCCAUCACUUUCUGUCUGUCAGUCUUGGGUAAAAUUUACACAUUUUCAGCUCUGGAAACUUGGACCAAAAAUAACCAACUCGCGAGAAUUCCUGAUUGUUAAGAAAAGCGCUUAGUGGAGCGAGGCAAAUAAUUGUUUGGACAAUGCAAUGCUUAAAAAUUAUUAUACAUUUUCAAAUCAAAAGGGGGAUGGGUGCAUAGGCCUCUAUACGCCCCUGAAUUUAUCACUAGGGGGACUCUCUGUUCAGUCUUGAAUUGAAAACCAUCAUUAUUUUAUUCUCUGAGCUAUUUUGCCAUUCAUUUAUUUAUUUGUGUGAAUGUUUUCAUCUGAAGUCACCGGAGCAGUUUUACACCAAAUUAGGUUAUAAUCACUCUUAAGAUGUUAAGAUUUUAACUAUCACUAUAGAUUAUACACAAGUAUUGGCUAUUUCAUGUUUCUAUACUAGAAAAGAAAGGAUUGGGGUAUCAAUCCAUGACACAGAGUCUGUACAUGCACAGCAAAAAAGCACAAAAAGCAAAGGAACAGUGCUUUAUUGCUGUUCUUCAUCUCAAAGUCUGUUUAUUUAGCCUUAAUGAUAGUCCUUUGAUGACCACCUUCCAGAUUUUGGCAAAUGACCUGUUUCAUACAACCAAGAUGAACCUUAUUAACUAGAUAUAUGUUAUGAAAAAAUGUCUGAAUGAUUUGAACUGACCUUGUCUGGAAAAUGCUAUCACAGCUGAAGUUUUCAUUAGUUGUUACCUCCCUUGGACUAUUAGACAGAUUAGAUAUUCACAUAACACUAACUAUUACAUAAACUCCUUCCUGAUUGAUUUAGCUAGUACAUCUUGUACAUUUCAAUGAUACUUAUUUUGAAAAUGUCUAAAUCAUUGCUAUGGUGUAUGGAUACUGGUGUAGAUGAAUUAAGAAUUUAUUAAGAAACUAAGGUUGCAACUCCAUCAGGCAAACUUCAGAUCUUAGAUUAAUUUGGCUAUUAUUUUUAAGUCCUUUUGGGUCAUAUAGCUCUAUGUACAACACAUCCUUGGCUUUUAAUUUUUGGGCUUUGAGUGUUCUUGGUGAAGUUUAUUGAAUUCCAGAAAAGUGCUUUUAAGAUGCAUACAAUUUUUAAAGUGUUAUUUUCAUUUUUUCUUCUUCAUUAACUCAAAUGAGUCUGUGCCCUUUAUCAGUUCAGUGUCCUCACAAGUAGCCAUCAAUAGUAAGGGGGAUAUAAAGACUGAAUUGGUCAGGGUUAAAGUUGUCAUAUAAUUCUCAAUAAAGAUUUCUAUCCUCUGUUUAAUAUUACCAAGAGAGACAACGCUUAUUAUUUGCAAGUCAGAUUUGUUGAAGUUUUCUUGAUUGAUGAACUUAUCAGUUGGAAAGUUUAGUUAAAGAUAAUAAUUGUUUAUUUCAAACUUUUAUUGAAAGGGAAUGUCACAAGGUCAAAAAAAUUUGGAAAGUAAUUCUCUGAACUUCUUCUAUAUAUGCUGGGACAUAAUAUAUUGAUUGACAUGCUCCCAGCAAUAUGCCAGAAUAUUUUUUACACUUGUUUGCAUAGUUCAUUCCUCCUAUUCCCAUUUUUUAUAAAUAUGGUAAGAAAAGUUAAAAUUGUGUGUGGGAAUGGGGGGGGGGGGGGGG